AUGGUACGUUUGGAUAUGAGAGGUUAUAAAAGUACAUGUUUUGUCAUCAACUUAGUAUGAAGUUUAUUAUUGAACUUCUGAAUAAACCAAGAAGUUUUUUUAAUUCAAGAAAUAAUACAUUUAUUUCAGCUUGGUAUCUUCAAAAAAAUUUUCCAUUUAUUUCUAUAACUAAUUAAAAGUUUAACAUGAGUUGAGAAUGUUAAUAUAUUAACAAAAAUCUGAAGAAAGAAUUUUGCUAAUUUUGUGCAAUCUUUCUUUUUCAGUUCAACUUCGCGAUUCGCAAAGUUCUACCACAUUUUAAAAUGCAUUCGUCUGGACGGAAUAGGUUUGUCACGUUAUACGAUGCUAUAGGACUCGUCAAAGACUUCCCAUAGAUCAGAGAGUCAGAGAAAGUCAUAAAUAUCGGCCAAAAUUAUUUGCUAACUCUCGAGUUUCACGCGAUUUCCUGUCGUUUGCCUCGAAGCUUAACUGGUUCUCAUUUUUAACGAUUUCAAACAACGGGUUGAACGAAAAGCGUAGGCGAACCGUAAAAAUUUGAAAUUCAAACUUUGAAGCUGCUCAAAUAGAUAUAAACAGGAAGGCGAGCUAUUAAAAUUCAAUACGUCAUGAAUGAACUGAAUGGAAAAAUAAGCUUUGGUGAAUUUCAGAAAUUGAAAAAAAAUUUUCUGAAAGAUUUUCUAUUGAGUCCUUUAAAAAAUUACAUUUUACAGUAAAGUGGAAGACCUUUUCUUUGCUGAAAGCGUUCUCAUGCGAAAAUUUAAUGAGAGAAAAACAAGGUUAUGAAGCUCAUCUUUUGCUGUUUUCAAUCAACUCAUUUUUGAAUAUUCUAGUCUGGAAUGCUUCAUCAGGAAAUAUUUUUUCAGCUCAGUUUCUUUUUCUAUUCUUGAAAGCAAAACAACCGAUGAAAAAUAGAAGUUUUGAAGAAUUGAAUUCAAGCGGAAGUUCUCGCUUUUUUUGCGAUUUGAGUGCUUUUCCCCAAGAAGGAGACAAGUAUCGAUGUUGGACUUGUUCUGUUUUACUACUUUCUUGUUUCUCGGCGUUUCCUGAUUACAUAAUUUCCGUGUAGUAACAAACUUCGUGCCGAUUUGCAUAAAUUUCUCGCCCGCAAUUAUUUUUCCGUUCAUUUGCUGUGUAAGUGUCCACUCUCUCGCGCAUUUUAUUGGCUCUUUCGUGUCGAGACGUCGCUCACAGCGGAGAAAAGUACGCUUCAUAGCUCCAGGGCAUUCGGCUCGUUCUUCUGGAUUAGAACUGACGUCGUCCUCCACCCAUUCAUCUACUUUCGCCAUCGAAAAAGCAGAACAAAGCGAAGGCCUGCCCCAUUGCAAAAUAUUAGGUCGUGGGCUCUCCGUUUUUCUAUUCAACUCCGCCCCACGCGCCCUAUUUGAGCAACAAAAAGAAAAAAAACCGCUUUUUGUUCCUCUGUAGAGCUAUUCUGGCGGCGUUUUACUGGAAAAAACUUCGAGCUCUACUUUUGCCUUCUGAAAAUCUUGGCGAAAUGAGGCCCAGGUAAUACUUUUUCUUUUUGCUUUGAUCAGAGAUUAAAAUAAUUUUGAAUUCAUGAACUCGACACCUUUUCCCCUAACGCGAUCGUACUCUACGCAUCACUGUUUGGAUAAAAUUCUCUAAAUAUGUCCAAAACUCUCCUUUUGCGCGCAUAAAACUGAAUAUCUUUAUGUUAGAAGAUGAAAAUACGGUUAAUCUGUACAUUCAAAAACUGUCAGGCGUUAUUUCCUUACCUUUUCCCUGACUUUUUGUAAUUUUAAAAAAAUUGAAAAAAAGAUUACCAAAAAGCUUUUGUUGAUUUAUUUCUCGACUUUAUAACUUCAGAGCAACGAGGAAAAUAAAAGUCAUAACUUCUUGCCGCUUUUUUUUUAUUGAAGUGAAUGUAAUUAUCCAGUGAAAUAAAAACCGCAAACAAUCGUAAAAAUCUGGGCUUUUUCUAUAUAAUCUGAAUGCGGAUUUGAUGAGUGAAAAAUAACCCAUUUAGUUACAUUUCAUACACUUUCACAACAUGUUUGAAGAUAACUCAAGCCAAAAAGAAAGCUCUUGAGAUUUUCUUAUACGUCUUGGAGUUUUGCAUACCUUAACAAAAAAUCGAAGAAGAGCCAAAUUUGCGUGUCUGCGCCCUCUGAAAAGGCCUGGACUUGCACAAGAUUUCUUUUUUUGGCCUGGUUAAUCCACUCUAGAUGCUCUUCUAUUAGAAACUUUCGUUAUAUGGCUCAUCUCGGCUUUAAAAAGCUAUUGUCCCGUAAUUAUGUUCAAGUUUUUUCUCAGAAAAAAUGAUGAUGUUGAUGGGUUUGUUUUUUCCCUUUCCUCGUUCAUUUGAAAAGUUUCAGAAAGUAGAUACUCGCCUAAGCUGCCAAAAAUUUAUCAAGUUUCGCUUUUCAAAUACUUAUUAUCUAAAAAAAAACCUAGUUUGAGCAACAAGAACUUGAGAACUUCGAUUGAGGUAGUUAAAUAUAAGAUUUACAGUUUACUUCGAGAAAAUACGAUCACCCAAGCAGUUAUCUGCCGUUCCAUGUCCUACGACGUUUACAAAAACCAACAGGUAAGUCUGUUCAAAUUUUCUAGAGAAAAAUCAAAAAAAUACAGGAAUUACUAUUCGAUUUGUACAAGGAUAAAGAAACUGGUAAAGUGUACCUCCCACAUUUUUUCAAGGUAUUUGAUCAACGAAAAAGGAUUAUUUGAUACUUUUUUCAGGCUUUAGUAGACUCUGGGAUUCGCAAAGAUGAUCCUCGAAUAGUUCACAUGGUUCAGAAUAUAAAGGACGCCGAUCUUCUGGACGAUUUCGUUUGGGGAAGCCAAUAUUUGUACCUCGACAAGGAAACAUUCAAAAAGUUUGUAAAAGAUUUGCCGCCAGCAGGGGUCGAACCUGCGACCUUGGGCUUAUUAGACCCACGCUCUAACCGACUGAGCUAUGGCGGCUGGCGAUGUUCGGACGCAACAAAGACCCUUUUGCAGGCACGUUGGCAGCGGCAUCAGUGUGAUAAGCAAGGCGUUGAAAAGGCACAUGGUGAUUCCUGACUGGGAAAAGUUUGUCGGCGAGUUGACGGUGCUUUUCGAAGAUUGCCGCAAUAUCAAGUCAGGCAAUGUGCGUUUAUAUAUUCAAUUUUAGACAUGUUUCUUGGCUAAGGACUAACUAUUUUCCUAGUUUCCUAAGUAUUGAGGUGGCUAGAAAGUGAGUCAUUCUGAUAUAAUGAUUAUCGUUACGUUCUCAAAAAUGAAAAUCAGGUUGCCACAUAUAUUCCACAGCUGGCGCGAGCGCUUCCUGAAUGUUGGGCCAUGUCGGUUUGUACGAUUGAUGGUCAGAGGAAAAGCUGGGGCGAUGCCUUCAAACCAUUUUGUCUGCAGGUUUGAAUUACUAUUAUAGUUGAUAUACGGCUCGAGCCAUUGAAAAAGGGUCCUGACACGAUAAGAGAAGAGACAGUUCCUGAUUGGUAGAGAGCGCAGACAGGUCACGACUUUUGCGUCCCAAGCUAAUCGUGAAUUGGCUAUAUGUUUUAUUUACUUUUAAGAGUUAGGUGUGGAAGAUGAAGGAUAUUUGGCUUUCUAACAAACUAAGGAAUGAAUUGAAAACGGAGGUCAUUUUACUUUGCGGUUGGGGGGUUUUUUUUUUGAAAUUUGGCUAUUACACUCCUUGAUGUACCAGAAGAAGAUUCUGAAAGCCUCAAGCUGCACAGCUUUUUACUUUUCGAGAGAAUACGCUGAAAAUUCAAAGAAAACGCUCAAAAUCCAUUAAAAUGAGCAAUUUUGGGAUUUCAUACCCUUAUUUCUUGAAAACUAGGGUGUUGUGCAGGUUGAGACUUUCAGAAUCUUCAUUUGGUACAUCAAAGAAUGUUCUGGCCAACUUCCAGGAAGUUCCCAACCGCAAAGUAAAAUGACCUUCCUUGUGAAGGAAUGACUGAUCCACGUCUCAAAUUUCAAUUAUGGCGCGAGGCGAAAAAAAGUAAUAAAUUCCUUUGAAGUAUUUUUAUGAUGAUUGCUUUCAAAGUAGUCAUAAAAAAGAAUGAGGAAAGUUAGAAAUUUUUUUUCAAUAGAUAUCUUUAUAAAGACGAAUAAUCCCGAAAACUUUUCGUUCCAGUCGGUGUCGAAGCCUUUCACCUACGCGGCCGUGCACGACGAGAUUGGCGCCGAUAAGCUGCACAGCCACGUCGGUCAAGAGCCUUCUGGACGGCUUUUCAACGACAUUUGCCUCGACUAUGACAGUUCCCAAAAGCUGCAAGUUUCUCAAAUGAAAACUGGUUUCAGUGAAACCACACAAUCCACUCAUCAACGCGGGGGCGAUCGUCGCCGUGUCGCUUCUCAGAAACUCGGAAACGCUGGCCGACCGUUUCGACUUUGUGAGUUCUUAAUGGGCAUGUGCGGUUGUUCUGGUGAGCUCGAAAAUUGAGAUCAAACUGGGUUUGUUAACUCUUGUGGGUCUUUAAGAAGCGCUAUGCGUCCCUUCUUCCAAUUGGUUUUUAUUCAGGAGAAAAAAAUCGAAAAUUUUAGAUGAAAUAUGAAAUAAAUCAUUAUUAUUAUUAUUAUUAUUAAAUAUGAGAAAAAUGUCUUGAGUUUUGAUAAUGGAAAAAACAUGAAUUGACAUAAGGAUAUCGAUUACUUUGCUUAUUGAAAAGGUUCUCUAAAUGUCUCACCGUUCAACUAAACUUUCAUCAAUCAAAUUAAAUUUUGAAGUUCUUCGAUCACUUCGAUGAAAGUUAAUCAUUUUUCAAACAUUUUUGGAUACUCCAAAAAUAAAUGGAAUGGCUGUAGAGCAUCUCUGAAACUGAAAAGCUUCCAAACUUCACGAUUAAAAAGUUCAGAUGAUGCACAAAUGCCGUCAGCUGGCUGGCAGCGGCGGCUACGUCGGUUUCAACAACUCAGUGUUCGAAUACAGUUUUUUCCCCGACCAUUUUCGGCAUUCAUUUUUAGAUUUUUGUCAGAACGCGAGACUGCCGACCGUAACUACGCCCUCUCGUACUACAUGCGUGAGCACAAGGUUCAUUUUUCCUUGACCAAGGAAAUAAAGCCAAGCGUUCAGGUGUUUCCGGAGAACACGAACUUGCAAGACACGCUCGAUCUCUACUUCCAAAUUUGCUCCAUCGAGACCAACUGCGACACUUUGGCCGUGAUGGCGGCUACUCUGGCCAACGGAGGCGUCAAUCCUCUGAUGGGCGAACGCGUCAUCAAUAAUCGGUGAGUCUGCUGAGAAUCGACUGAAAAGAAACAAAAUUCGAUCAUUUUGUCUCCACCCUGCAAGCUACAAAUUAUGAAUAUGGCUUAUAUUUCCUGAGUUAUCACUUCAGGGCCUGUCGCGACACGCUCUCCUUGAUGUACUCGUGUGGAAUGUACGACUGGUCUGGACAGUUCGCCUUUCAUGUUUCGCACCAGUUAUUUUUGCUUACCUGAAAAAUCUUUUCAGGUCGGUCUUCCGGCAAAAUCUGGCGUUUCCGGAGAUCUAAUGAUUGUCAUUCCGAAUGUGAUGGGAAUUGCUUUGUACAGGUUUUUUCUAAUGUUUUUUUAUAGUUGAGAACUUUUCAUUUGAAGUCCGCGGCUCGACAAACUCGGAAAUUCGGUUCGCGGAGUAAAAUUCGCCGAGUCUUUCAUUCAAAAGUACAACUUCCACAACUAUGACAGCUUGGUAGGAAGUGAAGAACUCAUAGAAUCAACAGCCCCUUGACCGUAGGUCUACUCGGAUGACAAAAAGUCGGACCCAAGACGCUCUUUGGAGAAAGAAGUGGAAAUGCCCAAUCGAUUUAUGUACGCCACCAAAAUUGGAGAUAUCGCUGCUAUCAAGAGGUUUUCGUGUACUUCGAAGAGUUUUACAGAUAAAUUUUUUACACGACGGACACUUUACUAGUUACAAAUGGAGUUUUCUUUUAAAAGGGACCUUUUUGAGGUACAUGCUUGCCGGCAACAAUCUCCACGAGCGCGACUACGACGAUCGGACCGUUCUCCACGUCGCCGCCUGUGAAGGCGACGUCAACACCUUGACGUAUCUACUCAACAAGUGGACUGAAGAUCCUAGUCAGUUUGCUUUGAAUUCUACUCUACUCGACUCAAUAACGAAUAAAUGUUUUAAGGUCCGCGUGACCGUUUCCGAAGUACUCCCUUGGACAACGCCAAGUUCUUCGAAAACGAAGCCUGCAUUACCCUCUUGCAAGAAGCCGAAGCAGCCUACGCCAAAAAACAUAGAAAACCUCCCCCGAUCGUUGAAGAUCACUCAAGAGACUAA